AUGGUCACGUCUACUACAUUAUUUACGUUUCUCAUUUUAAUUCUCACGACGAUCGUCUUCGUCAAUGCCGACACAAGCGAGGCCGACGUAACUGCCAUACUGAUAAGCAAUACCCAAUUUUGCAUUUUCCUUCCACCAGCACCUGGCGAAUACAUUUCUGACAGUGAAAAGACUGCCCUCGCAUUUUGCACACCCGGCACACCCACUUCAGUCAGAGAUCUUCCCGAUGGAUUCAUUAUUUCGGCUAACUUUGGUGGUGAUUCUUCUACUUACGUCCAAAUUACUGGAAAAAUGAAUCCAGAUGCGUACCAGUUGCAUCAUGAUGACGAUGGUGGCCAGUAUGAUAGUGCUGGUUCUCCUCCAAAUGCAAGUUGUGCUGGAUACGAACAUUUUGUAAAUUUGGUUGAGCCAAACAACGGAAACUACUGUAUCCGCUGCUGCCAUUAUAAAUCGGAUUGUCCCACUAACAAAAGCACCGAGGGUUGUGAAAAAGUCAUUCCUGGCCCCCCAUACUAG